AUGCAGUGAUGAGGUCACAAGUGGGGCUCCCCCUUUCCCCCACUCUGUCUUCCUCAGAGCUGGGCAGAAGAACCAGAGGGGAAAAUCCACCUUCCCGGGCACAGCCAUAAAUAACAUCCACCUCACUCAACUACUUGUCAAGUUCAAUACCAACACAAAGGGGUUUCAGAAAAUCAAGAAGGAAUGUCGAGUGAUGAUAAAAACAAACCUAGUGAACCCAAGAAUGAGCCCAAGCAAUGUGAUCCCAGGUGUGAACAAAGGUGUGAGACUAAAUGCCAGCCCAGCUGUUUAAAGAAGCUGCUGCAACGGUGCUCUGAAAAGUGCCCACAGGAAAAGUGCCCAGCACCACCAAAGUGCCCAUGUCCCCCAUGCCCCCCACUCUGCCCUCCACCAUGCCCCUGCCCAGCUCCCUGUCCUCCCAAGACAUGUUCCUGUCUUCCUAAAUGCCCACAGCCCUGCCCACCCCCAGAGUGAGGCACCAAGGGCACUACCCAGACCACUACAUCCACCAUCUCCACCAUAUUCACCACUAUGGGGCUGAGAGCUGAAGCCAUGAACUGACAAGUAAAUGCGUUCCUCUGC